AUGAAAAAACAAAAUGUCACUUUUUUACUUGCAUUUGCAGGGGAGUGCAUAGCCUCAAACUAUGCCAAUCCAGACAAAAAGCUUACUCUUAAGCAAAAGCUAGAUAUUCGCAGGCCAUAUUCUGACUCCUACAGCCCAAUGCACGCAACUUCUAACACAUAUAGGAUAGUCGCAGUGGAAAACCAUAGUGCAAUUUCACAUGCGCCCAGCGGCGCACAGACCACAAGAGCGCGCCCGCUGCAUGCAGAAUAUAUACUAUCCAGUGCGGAAGCCUACCUAGAAAGCGCUACACAAAGUUAUGCGCCUAUAACACGCAACAUCUAUGGUUGGGAAGAAUCCUCUACAGAAGAAAUAAGAAACAGGAAUUUUAGCGAAAGCACCCAAGCCCCCAGCGAAGAGGAUAGCUACUUGGGUGAAGACCACUAUGCGGAUGCGCAGGAUUUGAUUUUUUUCAGCUCAGACGUCGAAAACCACACUUCGACCACCGCGCAGGCCUCUUCUGAUGCAAUUUGUCCAAUCCCGACGCAUGAAUUUUGGGAUUUUUUCGCAUCUCUUGGAAAUAAUGGCACCGAAAGAUACAAUACUCUCAAAAUUAUAUCAAGUGAAUGGGCUAAGGAGACAGAUGAAAGCCAGAAGAAUAUAGUCUUUGAAAAAAUAGCAAACGAACUGCUGGAAUUCAUGCAGAAAAAUGGCCCGCAGCACCCCAAAUACAAUCUAUGUUCUGCUCAGUCGCAGUGCUCAAAUCACGGGGGUAAAAAACGCACGCCAGGAGACAUGUUUGUGAAUCUUGACAGACACAAAUACACCUUAGGCGAGAUUGUAAGCCAGCACAUAAGACUGCCAAACCUGGGCUGGAACAACUGUUUCCUAAACACUGCAAUCCAGUCUUUGCUUAGCAUUCCAGAGGUUUUCUAUGAUCUGAAGCACCUCCCCAUAGAGUUCGUUAUACACGUCAAAGAAACAAUACACAUGCCAGAGCACACGGAAGCGUUUGAAAAGGCAUCGCGCGAUUACCUAGGCAAGGUAGUGCAUAUAGAGCCUUUCGUUCACACCAUAUUAUCGCUAUAUGAGAUGGUGCAGGCCACUGUAAAUUUUAAAAAGAACAAAAUUAGCAAGAAGUGCUGGUUGGAGACGGUCCAAGAAAAAGAAAGAUGCAUAUACCAGUCGCUAAACAUCUACCACGAAUUCUCCCAAAAAAGGAACCAGAACUCCUUUUGGUCUUCUCCAGAGGUGUACACGACCCUGCACGGGUUUAUGGGGAUGUUCUACAAAUUCUGCGAGCUUAUCCCUAAUUCGCCCGUGCUGGAAGGGGCAUAUGCUCUUGCGCCCGACAUGUACUUCGAAAACGUGUUCACUAUAAACUCUAUGGCUGCUGCAACUUCAGACAACUGCUACGCAAUAAAGACAGGCGAGCCUGUACAUAUAGUCUCCUCAGCACCGGCGCUGCAGCAUGUGUACUACAUUGACAACGAAGAAAAAAUGCGAAAAGUGGUCAUAGUUCCUAAUGCAGCAGGCGGGCUGUUGUACACGCAAAUAAUAAGCCACAUUCACAAGCUCUACCAGAAGCCGAUAGAUGAAAUCCACCCCUUUGUCUUCAACACAGAAAAAAGAAGCUGGUCCUACAGGGCGCCCAAGAUGCACGUAUUCAACAAUGCAUACGAUAUAGAAAAACAGGAGGUUGUGGUGUUCUACUACAUCAAGAAGAGCCCGAAUUCUUCAGGCUUCCGCUAUCUGCUUUCCGAGUUUAAUACCAAAACGGCCAGAGAGGAUCUAAGCAGGGUUAGGUUUCCGCUAUUUCUCAAUCUUCUGGAGUUUAGCGCAGUCUCUCUGUCCGGCUAUGAGUAUGGAUCCAACAUCAGAAUCGACGACAACUCCAUUACAUUUGCCUCCCUUGACUCGAUAAAAGACAAAGCCCCCGUUCGGUUUUUAAUCGAUCCAGAAAAAGGCAUAGACUACUACAAAAAUCUCGAGUUCAGCCUAAGCGCCAGCUCCAACAACAAAAUAGACGUUGACCUGGCAAUUGCAAACAGUUCUUGCAGGGUUUUCUCUGAAAAUUCAAGCAGAAUGCAUAAUGCACCCAAAACGAAAUACCAUUACUAUACCCGGGUGAUGGAAAGAGGGAGGUAUUACAACAUUUACUUCACAUCAACCAACAAUAUAAGCAGCAGCAUAGAUGAGGUCGAUCUAGAAGAUGUGAACAACAACUGCAUGAAGACGUUUGCGAUUAAUCUUAACAACGCCCAUUAUGUUACUAAGAUUAUGGAAAACUCCAGAAACAAUGUGCAGUCUUCUAUGUUUUUAAUUAAUGACGCGGAUGACAUAAAAUGGUGCAAAAAAAUAGAAAGAAGAGAGGAAAUACUCGACAAAUACCAAGUUUGCGAGUACUCAAUAAUGCACCCAUUGAAAUGUAGCAUGGAAAACGAGUUGGGUAUAUACAACGAAAUUUUCAAGAUGGUUUUAAACUGA